AUGGAGAGCAGCAGCAGUAGUGCCAACAACGACAACGGUGAAGCCCUCGAAGCCACGCACCAGCACCGCUCCUGCUGCUGCUUCCAAGAAUGGAUGCAACUCCAGCGCCAAGACCUAACCCUCCUCCUCGAAUCCCUUCACAACACCACCCACAAGGACGACCAAUCCAGAACCCUCAUCCGCAAUUGCCUCGCGCACUUCGAGGAUUACAUAACCAAUCGCAGGCGCCUGGCGGAGGAGGACGCCUUCCCAUUCUUCGCACCCACAUGGUGCACGUCCUUAGAGAAUUCCUUGCUCUGGAUUGCAGGGUGUCGGCCGUCGAUUUUCAUACGGUUGUUGUAUGCGUUAAGUGGGUGUGAAGUGGAUGCGAGGUUGGGCGAGUGGUUGGAAGGGAUUAGAGGGGAGAGUGGGAACCACCAUCAUCUCCGUGUGGGGAAUUUGUCGGCGAGUCAGAUGGUGCGUGUGAAUGGGCUGCAUAUGAGGACGGUGCGAGCAGAGGAGAGGCAGGGGAGGGAGAUGGCGAGCUGUCAGGAGGAGCCGGCGGAUGAGCCGAUUGCGGUGAUUGUGAAUGAGAUGGAGGGGGUGGGGGAGGAGGUGGGGGAGGCGGCGGAGAGGGCUUUGAAGGAAGCAUGA